UCAGCAGCACCAGCUGACACACCUUUUGUAUACCAAGGGUAUCCACCCAACUUCUACCCCGGGUAUACACCUAGAACUCCCCCGUUUUACCCUGGCAUCAAAAAUACCAACUACCCUGUUCAUCCGAUUCCUAACGAUACCGUCCCAAUAGUCCCCUUAAAUCAACCAGUACUACCUGUUUCAGUUCAAUUACCUGUAACUCAAAGUAUUCCAAUAGCAAGCCAACUGCCACCCUUACCUCAACCCAUUGUACCAAAUGUUCUAAUACCAAUACAUACAGGUCAGACAACAACCGACACUGGUAAUUCGUCUGAAAACGCUUAUGGCAUAAGCGUUACCAGGCGCAUUUUUAGGCACAGAGCGCCUAAAAAUGAUGUUGUUGAAACUAUCAGUUAUAGUUACAACUACGGAUCUGGAUAUGACUCUGGCUCCGCUUCAGCUAGUGGAAACACGUUAGGAACUAGCUCUGACUCUGGUUCAGGAUCACGCUCAGGCUCACGAUCAUGCUUAGGCCCAGGAUCAUGUUCAGGCAAAGGCUCAGGCAGAGGCCCAGGAUCAUGCUCCGGCCCAGGAUCAUGUUCAGGUGCAGGAUCAGGCUCAGGCACAGGAUCAUGCAGAGGCACAGGAUCAUGUUCAGGCAUAAACUCAGGCCCAGGCCUAAGAUCAUGCUCAGGCCCAGGAUCAUGCUCAGGCGCAGGAUCAGGCCCAGGCACAGGAUCAUGCAGAGGCACAGGAUCAUGCUCAGGCAUAAAUUCAGGCCCAGGCCCAGGAUCAUGCCCAGUGACAGGAUCAUGCUCAGGCUCAGGAUCAGGCUCAGGCUCUGAAUCAUGCUCAGGCACAUCAUCAUGCUCAGGCGCAAGAUCAGGCUCAGGCUCAAGAUCAUGCUCAGGCACAUCAUCAUGCUCAGGCGCAGGAUCAGGUAAACGCCCAGGAUCAUGCUCAGAGCCAGGAUCAUGCUCAGCACCAGGCUAAGGCUCAUGCUCAGGAACCAGCACAAGAGGAACUAGCUCUAGCUCUUUUAGAUACUUUACUUUUACUAAAUUUUGUACGAUUACUAUCUAUAGAUCCGUAUAACGCUUUCAAAUUCUAGUUAUCGAACCAGUCAUCCCCGGAAUUGUACCUUACCCACAAUCAAAGGGAAAACUGUGCAUUUGCUUCAGUAACCACUUAGCGAUGCCAGCAGUCAAUCAAUUUAGAUUUUACUAAACCGAUAUUAAUAAAUAAGCAAGCAUUUUAGAAAUUGAUGUAUAAAACCAGAAAUAUUAAUAAAUGAAUAAAGCAAG